AUGAACAUUAUAAGUUAUUUGGUUUUAAUGAUUUGCACUAAUGUUUGUUAUGGAUUUUCAAGCUUCAAUGUAUCAGAUGUUGGAUUGGAUAUUUACAAUUAUUUAAAAAAAUACAAUUAUACCCUCGAAGACCACACAGUAACAACAAGUGAUGGCUACAUCCUGGGGCUGCACAGAAUUACAACAGGAAGGAAUGGCAUCUACGCAACUGAAGGGAAACCUCCAAUUCUUCUGGUCCAUGGACUCAUCAGUAGUAGUAUGGAUUACGUGAAUUAUGGCCCUGGUCGGUCGUUGGGGUUGAUGUUGGCUGAUGGUGGUUACGACGUUUGGUUGGUGAAUUGUCGGGGGAACACUUGGUCAAGGAAACACAAGACGCUCUCUACCACCGAUAGGGAAUUUUAUCAGUUCAGCUUUCAUGAAAUUGGAGUCUACGAUCUUCCAGCCACAAUCGAUUAUAUUCUGGAUAAAACGAACAAGGAUCAAUUGUCUUACAUUGGUCAUUCUCAAGGUUGUACAACAUUUUUCAUUAUGGGUUCCGUGAAACCUGAUUACAUGAAAAAAAUAAACGUUAUGGCUGCACUGGCUCCUGCCGUUUUUAUGGCGAAUACAUCGCAUCCGCUUGUAAAGCUUGCAGCUCAACCACUGGUCAAUUUAGCUCUAGGGUUUUUAAUUGAAGCAACACAAAUGUACUUGGUAGUACCGCACUAUGAUAUCUUCACAUCUUUCGCCACACUAUGCGAAGACAAAAUAUGGAAAUAUUUUUGUGCAAGUGUGUACUACGACAUUGCCGGGAAAAGAGAUGAAGAACAAAUCGAUUAUGAUUCUUUACCAAUGAUUUUCUCUAACGCUCCUGCAGGAAUAUCAUAUAGACAGGCGAUGCAUUACCUGCAAGAAAUUCGUAGCGGUAAUUUUGAGCCGUACAAUUUUGGAGUACAGAAGAAUAGAGAAAUUUACAAUGGAAAACAUACAGCAGAACCUUACAAUCUGAAGAAAAUCGCCCCUCCUCCAAUAACCAUUUAUUAUGGAGAUGGAGACACCCUUGCGUCACCCACUAAUGUUGAACAGCUUGCAGAUAUUUUUCCAAGUGCCGAAUUGAAGUUCAUAAAUUCUACGAAUUUCACACACUUGGACUUUCUUUGGAGCAAAGACAUUGUGGAACUUCUGAACAACGACGUUAUAGAACUGAUGAAUAAGUAUAAUGACGUUAAAAUAUCAACUGUAACAACUGAGACUUCUACCUCAGAAAUGUCGACGGGACCUUCAUCAUCCACAACUACUGAUGUGCCGGAUAACUCAGAUUCUGCCACUGCAGUAUCUGGAAGUGUUUUGCUUUUGUGUUUAUUGUUUGUACAAAAUUUGAUUGGGAGUUAUUGAUGAAAUGUCUGUACGAUUUUUAAUAUUAUAAAAAUGUUUAUUCUCUAUAAUAAUAAUAAAGAACCAACAUAUUAUUGCUAGGUUAAACAGUAGGUUAAACAGUAAUUCAAUAAUUUAUAAUUUGUUGGAAUAUGAUCCAGGCAUUAAAUUAUAUUAUAAAACCUGGUUUCAAAGAAAAAGAUAAAUUUACAAUUAUUAAUAUUUUAAAAUGUAUA